CCACCUCCUUCCUCUCCACUCCUUUUCUUUUCACUCCAGCUCUCUUGCUCCCCACUCUCAGUAUCAGUCCACAGUCUCCUCCUCCUCCAUCAACACAGCCACUGCAACUCUCUCUCUCUCUCUCUCUCUCCACCGUUCACAGUCUCCAUCUCUCCGCCUCUCUCCGCCAUGGCUUCCUCCGCAUUACCUCCGUCCAACCUCCUCCUCCUCCUCCUCCUCCUCAUUUCCGGCCUCGCGUGCGUGGCGGCCAUGGCGGCCCCGAUCGGCGUCAACUACGGCCAGAUCGCCAACAACCUGCCGUCGCCGGACCACGCGGUGACGCUGGUGAAGUCGAUCGGCGCCACCCGGGUCAAGCUCUACGACGCGGACUCCCGCGUCCUCUGCGCCUUCGCCCACACCGGCGUCGAGUUCACGGUCGGCCUGGGCAACGAGUUCUUGGUCCAGAUGAAGGACCCCAAGAACGCCCUCUCCUGGGUCAAGAGCAACGUCCAGUCCUUCCUCCCCGACACCAACAUCACCACCAUCGCCGUCGGCAACGAGGUCUUCACCUCCAACGACACCUCCCUCAGGGACCUCCUCAUGCCGGCGAUGAAGAACGUCCACGACGCGCUCGCCAGCCUCGGCCUCGACAAGCAGGUCACCGUGACCACAGCCCACUCGCUGGCCAUCCUCGAGACCUCCUACCCGCCGUCGACGGGCAGAUUCCGGCGGGAUGUCGCGAGCCGCGUGAGCCAGGUCCUGGACUUCCAAUGCCAGACCGGGUCGUCGUUCCUGAUCAAUGCCUACCCCUACUUCGCGUACAAGGCCAACCCGAAGCAGGUCCCGCUCGACUUCGUCCUCUUCCAGGCGUCGCAGGGUAUCACCGAUCCCUCCACGGGGCUCAACUACGAGAACAUGCUGUUCGCCCAGAUCGACGCCGUCCACUCGGCGCUCGCGGCCGUCGGGUACGCGAAUAUGACGGUGCACGUGUCGGAGACGGGGUGGCCAUCGAGGGGCGACGACGACGAGGUCGGGGCGACGCCGGAGAACGCGAAGAAGUACAAUGGGAAUCUGAUAAAGAUCGUGAAGCAGAAGAAGGGGACGCCGAUGAAGCCGAACUCCGACCUGAACAUAUACGUAUUCGCGCUGUUCAACGAGAACAUGAAGCCCGGGCCGAUGUCGGAGAGGAACUACGGGCUGUUCAAGCCGGACGGGACGCCGUCGUACACGCUCAGCAGCGGCGGCGGCGGCGGCGGCGGGACGAGCAAUGGGACGAGCUCUGGAGGGUUCGGCGGGGGCGGGGGCGGGGGCGGGAGCGCUUCCGACGGGACGCCACCGGCACCGAUUGGCUACCUCUCCGUUUCCUCCGGCGCGAACGAACUUCGAUCAUUAGGCGCGGCAUGUCUCAUGUUGGCUCUGUUCCUGAUCAAGCUCGUCUUUUGAAGCAUGAAUCCGUCUUAUUUCGAAUUGGGUGAUCAUCAACGAAGUGGGUUAUCUAAAAAGAAGGUGAAAGACUUUUUGGAUUCUCUUUUUGCUUGUAAAUCAGCUCCCCAAAAUUCACGGGCAUAUGAGUGUCUCUCCCAUCCAUCAUAUCUUCCCCGUCGCAUCCUGCUCUAGCACAAGUUGCACAGAGAGAGAGAGAGAGUGCUUUCGAGAACAUCACUUGCUAUUAUUGGUACUGCACUUGGGUCCAUUUCAUCAGAGAAAUGCACAGAGAGUAGGGACAUCAAGUGGGUGGGACGUGUAAAUGCGAAAUGAGUGGUAGCUUUUUUCUGUUUGGUUGGCUAUGAACUGUAAUUGUUUUGGCACUUCUUUUUUGGCGUUUUGGGGGAGGUUGGUGGGGGAGAGAAUUGUGCAGUGUAGUGUCUUCAAUAAUUCCUAGAUGCCAAUGUACUGUCAUUUUAUUGCUAUUCUAUUCCAAAAUGUCCUAUCUGGGGCGUGUGGGACAAAAGCA